AUGGAGUAUUGUAAUGGUGGCAACUAAAAAAAAGGAUUAUAGAACUCUAAUCAAUAUACUCAUGCCCAAAGAUUUACUAGUAAAAAUAUGAAAAAUUGGCUCAAGAGGUAUUUUAGGAUAUUAUUGACUCUUUAAAUUAUUUAUAUUCUAAGAAUAUUAUUCAUAGAGAUAUAAAACUUGAGAAUGUAUUAAUCCAUAAUGGCAAGUAUAAACUUUCAGAUUUCGGAUUGUCUAAAUUUUUGA